UUUCCCUACUCAUAUUCUCCAAUUUCAAGACCCUUUCAUUAACACUCGCACAUGGAUCCCCUCUCAAUCGCCGUAAGCGCCGCAGGACUCCUGUCCCUGCUUCUACAGGUCUCUCAAAGCUUGAUAACAUAUUACGAGUCUUGGGAGUCGCAAGAUGUUGAGAUCGCAAACACCUUGCAACAUCUCAACAACUUACGUGACACGGCAUCAGUUCUGAGUCAUGCAAUACCCAAGAUAUCUCACCACCAGAUUUUCGGUGUGGAUAACUUUCAGCGCUCGUUAUCCCGUUUGGAGGAGGGCCAAAAGAAACUGGCCCAGACUCUUAUAAAGUGCCGAUCGCAGGAACCACCUAAGAGUCUGAAAGACCGAUUACAGCAGAACAAGAAGAAAUUGAUAUACCCCUUUAAGAGAGCUACAAUCCAAGGACUUAAUCAAACAAUUUCAGAGCUGAAGGACGACUUGAGUCUUGCUAGCGAGGCUAUGCAACUAAAUAUCUUGUCGAAUCAGCUGGAGACUAGCAAGGAAGUCAAGAGGAUAGCCAUAUCGAUUGAAUCAGUCGCGACGCAAUCUCAGUCCACCGUCGAGGCUCUGAAGGCUAAUACUUCAAACAACGAAGCAGCCAUAUCCUUAGCCAACCACAAGCUUCAAAGUAUCCAUGAAAUCAGUUCAAAUACAUGCGACUCAGUACUGAAAUUAGAUGCAAAGGUCGACACAAUUAGCAGCAGUGCAGAGCAGGUUUCUGGGGUAGCGGGCUUGGAUACGAAGUUGAAUCAAAUCUGCGACCAACUCAGUGAGAUCCAGAGACAUAUGCAAGAAGGAGAAAAUUUGAAACCAUCAAUUUCGUCCGCAGAACAAGUGCAGAUAGAAUUGAUUCGGAAGCCUUCAUUGCUAUCAUGGGUUUGUAACACAAACACCGAAUUGAACGCAAAGCUUUCAGAAGCUGAAGCCACGAUUCCCGGAGGGCCCAGCAAUAGCGCCACACGAGCUUUAUCACACCCCUGCUCGUGCUAUCGUCGUUCAUACCUCCAAGCUCGAGCCACACAAUGGGGUCCACUUCAUAUCUUUCGACAUACUCAGACCGCGGAGGCUCACGACAAACAUUGCCCUUAUUAUGUCAGAUCAUCGAAGAAAUCUAGUUUUGGAGCUAGAAUAACGGUGUUAAAUUGGUUUUUGGCAAAAGCCAUCGAGAUAUCCUUCAAUCACUCCGAAGGAGCGGGCGGUAGUUCGAUGAGCCCGACUCUUACUCUUCGCUCCCUUGUACGAAACGAUUCUCCCGCAUUUACUUUGCUUAAUCGCAACGAGGUUCGGAAAUACUGGGCGAAUAAAAAUUACCUUAGACAGUCAUUGGAACAAAUUCUGAAACUCUUUCAGGAAGGGGAGGCUUCGCCCUAUGAUGUUGAUAAAAAAGGAAGAAAUCUUCUCCAUCAUGUUCAUUUUGCUCUAAGCGAUCACUUGCAUCAUAGGCAUAAAUUUGAUGAAUUUCGUAAAGUGCAUUGGUUGCCCGACCCUGAUGAAAUGUAUAAAACAUCAAGAUGGAUCGAAUUGACGGUUGGGCUAUUUGAUGCUCACGUUCCCGCUUAUGAACCUGAUUGCCAUUAUGCAACACUGUGGGACGAUCUGGCUCUAGGGUCGGGUGACAGACCUUUCUCUCAGGCAAGCUUAUUGGUAAUGGCUCAAUUAGCCAGUAGAGGAGCAGAUGCGGUUAAACUUAUAAAUAACGGAUUCGAAGAUGAAGUAGCAUGUGUGAAUUCAUGCCAUUUCGUGCGGCAGGUUCCCGAGGUGUACGAAGAGUCCUUCGGAAUAGGUCCUCUUAGCUCCGCAAUACGACGUCGCAAUGAGGAUGAUGUUCUCAGAAUAUUGUCAAAGUUUCCAAAUUCAUUAAUGUCUGAGAAAACAAUUUGGGACCAGAAUCCGCUCCACCUUGCAUUCGACUGGCCCCGGGGACUUCGAAUUUUACUCAAUCAUGGAGGGUCACAAUUGAUUAAACAGCCUGAAAGACAGGGCCAUACCCCAUUAGCAUAUUCUUUCCACUCCACCGAUCUCGAAGCACCCCACAUUUUAUUAUCCACAUCAUUGGAGAAUAAAGACGAUAUCUUGCAAUUCGCCAUUUCUUGGUUUAGGGAAACCGAUCGAUGGGGCAGACCUUCCUAUGCCAGAGAAAUUGGCGAGCCCGUCUUGUCUUUGGUUGUAAGCAUCAUGGCUCGUCAUAGAGAAAUUCUCUAUCAUGAGACAACCAUCAGUCUGUCCUCGGAUAUUCAUGCAGCACCACACUUAGACACAGAUGAAAAUCUCGAUGUCAAAUUCGUAGGAGCCUGCCGAGCAACAGACAGUGAAGGGAUCAAAUUGCGUGCUCCGAUGCGUGCUCAGAGGGAAUAUCCCUGGGAAUUUGUUUAUCAUCAGCGAGAUCUUACUAUGAUAGCUGCAGAUAAACUUUGGGAGGCUGGAUUCGUGGAUAUCGAUGUCGAAAACGAAGCCGGCUUUACUCCUAUUGAGCUUCACUGCUCCGAGGGUGAUUGUCAUAAUUUUUUCGUCGUUCUUUGGCUCUUGGGAAAGGGAGUUAGCAUGCGGGAGUCUCAAUCUCCCCCGACCCAUGGUCGCGGCCUUGCAACGCCCUUGCCAUGUUAUAUCUGGUACUUCCUGAGCGAGUUCAGCGAUUACCACCGCGCUCAAACCCGUCCACUAUUCUAUGAAGUUUCUAAGGCCUAUCCCUCAUUAUAUUCCCUUGAACUCUAUGAUGAUUGUUGUUGUCCCUGCACGUCUUCUGGUUGCAAUCUUGUUGUCUUUUUUCUGAAGGGCAGUCGCUCAUAUGAAGACGCAGAGGAGGUACUAAGCUUUAUGGACGAUCGCAGAGAUCAGUUCGUAGGAUCUCUAGCGUACAGCAUCUUGCGAUUAGCAACGUUUGAAGCAUUGGGUCUAACACACACUUGCUGUAAGCCAGUCUGUAAAGGCGGUAAACUCGAGCGAUUUGCUCCUCGAUUCGAGGAAUCUGAGGAGCAUGAGCUGCAUUACGAGGAACGGCACGGAAUCGAGCAACUAAAACUGUUGGUAGAUGAAUUCAUGGCGCACUAUCUCGCGACGGAUGGACUUAUCGCACACUUUCUCCGGGGUUACUGGAAGAUUCGAAUGUUGGAGUAUAUCUCGUCAGGAAAACUUGAAAAUGAAGAAGACACGAUUCAAGGGAUGAUAAAUGUGGGCGUAGUACCAAUAUCAAAUACAGGGAAUCCGUGCUCGGAGCGAUUAGAAAGAAAAAGGAAGUAUGCUAUUGAGCAUUGUGGAUGGGAUAUUUUAUGUGGGUCUUGUCGCGAAGAAAGCUAUGAGAUAUAUAGUAGAGUUGGGAGGAGCAUUAGCCAAGAAACGGAGACUCAAGGGUCUGAAAUCGAUAGCGACGACGAAGGAGGAUAAGUAGAUAGUAC